GUUGAUUUCAAGAGAAGUAGCGUAAGAUUACUCCUUAUAUCUCUUUAUGUACGCCCAUGGUUGCUAUGGCACAUGGCAUAUGUGACAUAAUGACAGUACAUUUAUGUGUUUAUGUCACCUUUGACGUAUGUGUGCGGUUUACGACCGGUUAAUUUAGAUUCAGAAUCAAUUAAAUAAUGCUUAAUACUGUAGAGUUUGUAUGAAGAAAAAUGAUUUAUAACCCUAGUGUCUGAAAAAUUCGUAACUCGUCAAUCUAUUUCUGAAGUUAUGUUAUGUUACGCCCCUGACUUUUAAACGUCACUGUAACCAGAAACUAUCAUUGUCACCAACAUAAAUCUAGUAAAAUUUGAAUAACAUGACAUUAUAUAACAUUGUUUGAAUUCAAAUGUAUGGUUGGCGGCCCUGAUUGUUGUUAGUGUGACGUUGACGCACAGUGACAGUACAAAAAAAAGGUGUGGUAGGAAAUAGCUCAUCAGUUUGUUUUUGUGUGGUAAACUUCUUUCAGAGCUUUCGCUUAGCUUUUACGUUAUUUUACUCCGUGAAAAUGUGGAAAGCUGCUGCCGGACAUCAGGUGCAAGUUGAUGUUGGAAAUAACGAUGAUGAUGAUGACUGGGAGACUGAUCCAGAUUUUAUAAAUGAUGUAGAUGAACAACAACAAAGAUGGGGUUCAGCUACUGUGGAAGGCUCUGGGAGGACUGCGGGAGCCAUAGAUAUGGCAAAACUGAGAACUGAAACUGAACAGGCAGAUGCACUAAAAAAGAAGAAAGCUUUAGAGGAAAGUGAGCAUAAUCCAGCUAGAGGAUAUGGAGGAAAAUUUGGUGUGGAAACUGAUAGAGUUGAUAAGAGUGCAGUCAGUUGGGAUCACAAAGAAAAAUUGGAGAAACAUCCAUCUCAAAAAGACUAUGUUUCUGGAUUUGGUGGAAAAUUUGGUGUACAGAUGGACAGACAGGAUAAAUCUGCUAUGGGUUGGGACCAUAUAGAAAAAAUUGAAAAGCAUGAAUCACAAAAAGAUUACAAAACUGGUUUUGGCGGGAAGUUUGGCGUACAGUUAGACAGACAAGAUAAAUCUGCUGUAGGUUGGGACCAUCGUGAGGCUCCACAAAAGCACGAAAGUCAGACAGAUCACAAAAUCGGAUUUGGCGGGAAAUUCGGCUUGCAGACGGACCGAAUGGACAAGUCUGCAAUCAGCUAUGAGCCGCCUGGAAAAGUUGGAACGAACUACACGAAGGUCAAACCAGAUAUAGGUUGCGCUAAGCCUUCUGAUCUUAGGAAGAAGUUUGAAGGUUUGACGCAGGAAAAACCACCUGGUCCUCAACAAAGCAUGCCUACUGCCAAAAAAGUACACGCAAAAGCCGCUCUGUUCUCUGUCAACACUGAUUCAACGCAAGCACAACCUGUAGAUAAAACCACAACGCCGAAACAGUUGGACCAUUCCAAGACAGCAUUUUUAACACAAAAAACCGCUACUCAGAACUCUUCAUCUGAAGGAAUAACGCCUAAACAGCUAGAUCAAUCCAAGACUGCAUUUUUGACACAAGCCCAGGAAAGCAAGAGUGAGAAGGUGGAGAAGACGACGAAUAAGUUGGAUCAGUCUAAACUCCAAUUUCUGACUCAACAAGAGGCUUCUAAUAAUAAUUCGCAAGAAACUGAAAGUACUGAUGAUGUGAAUGUCGCAGAGAAAAAUGAAGCCUGGCAAGAGGAACAACCUAUAAAUAAUGUAGAUAGGCAAAUUGAUGAAGAAGAAGAGUUAUUGAAGGAAUUGAGGAAGCAAGAUGAUGAGGAACAGAUCUAUGAGAAUUUCGCGAGUCAGGUACAAGAAAAUCCGAUUCCCCAAGCCAGCGAAGAAUAUGAAUAUAGCCAAGAAGAAAUUGUAGAUACAGGAAUAACUGCCAUAGCUUUAUAUGAUUACCAAGCAGCGGCUGAUGAUGAAAUAUCUUUUGAUCCUGAUGAUAUCAUUACGCACAUUGAUAAGAUUGAUGCUGGGUGGUGGAGAGGCCUUUGCCGAGGAAGAUACGGACUUUUUCCCGCAAACUAUGUACAGUGCAAUGAUGAAUAACUUUUAACAAAAUACCAGGCCUAAGUACUUAUACUUGAAAUAUUUUUCCAUUUAUAUAUACACCUAUUUUUGAUUCAUAUCCAUAAGCCCAAAUAACUAUUGAUUAUGCAUAAUUGUUUUAGUAAUGUUUUGUCUUAUUUUAUGUAUUAUGUUUGAAUAUUUUUUCAUACAUU